AUGCUGUGCUGGCUACGUAUGGUGAGUGAAGAGAACCGGAUACUGGUACAAGAUAUCACAUUAGCACUAUUUACGCGAAACAACGCACUACAUCUUAGACCAGAGUUCCGUGUUGAUUUUGUACACGCGUGCGCGAGCGACAGCUCAAUCGUAUUGUUAUUACUUGUGAUUACGUGUUGGUAUUAUUCUUGUUGUUACGUUUUUUGUUUUAAUAAUGCUUAA